AUGAACGAAAGUCAAGGUCAACCAACUUUAUCUUUUCCAUCUACAGCAUCAUUGAAUGCAUAUGCAUCUUCACCACCAUUGCAACAACAACCACAACAACCAAUGGGCAAUGGUGGUGGUAAUGCUUCAUAUGCAGAACCAACUGGAACAUCGUCAGUGAUGUAUUCAAUGUUGGGAGCUGCUGCUGGAUCAGUUUUGACCCAACGUAUGAGUGGAAUAUCAAGCAAGGUCAAGGAAUUCAAAGAUAGUAGAUUACAAAAUGCAAGAGAUUGGAAACAAUUCAUUGGCAAACGUGAAAAGUACAGUCUUCCACGUCCAUCAGAUACUGGAUCAAGAGUUAAAGAAAAUCUACAAUACUUUCAAACAAAUUACUUUAUCCUUUUCUUUAUUUUUGCAACUUAUGUUAUUAUAACCAAGCCAUUAUUCCUAUUUUUAUUAUUAACUUUGGCUUUAAUUACCAUUUAUAUGAAUUAUAUUAAUACUGAAUUAUCAGAAAUACAAAAAAAGAUUGCAUAUGGUAUUCAAAUUUUUGUAUCUAUUUACUUUUUAUUAUCAGCCGGAUCAUCUAUUGUUUGGUUAAUUGGAGCUUCACUUUCAAUUGUAUUGUUACAUGCUACAUUCCAUGUACCAACUUCAACUGAUCCAUCAACACUUGAAUUUGGAGGAGGUAGUGAACAUAAUGUUUAA